UGAAAACACGAGCAAUGGAAAACGAGACUCAGACUAAGAAGUUAGUUGACGAUUCAGAGGUUACUAAGCUUGAAAAUACUAAAGAAGAAGAAAAAGACACUGAAAUGAAUCCUAAGGGAGAAGUCCCAGCCCUUGCAGAGGCUCAUGAUGAUCAAACUGAACUUACCAAAGAAGACAAAGAGAGCUUAAUGAAAUUUGAGACUCUCAAUAACCAAGAAAUCGAGUUUGAUAAAGCUAAAAUUGGACAAAAGAAGAAAACUGAGUUCAGAAGAAUUCCUGUUCCACUUCAUCGUUAUACCCCUUUGAGAAGUAACUGGGAGACCAUCCUUAAGACACUUGUAAAGCACAUGAAAUUACUUGUAAGAAUGAACACAAGAAGAAGAGCAGUCGAAAUUAAAACUACUAAAGAAGUUAGAGAUCAGGGAGUCAUCCAGAAAGCUGCUGAUUUCCUCAAAGCAUUCAUGCUCGGCUUUGAGCUCCAAGAUGCUGUUGCCAUUCUUAGACUUGAAGACUUGCAUAUUCAAACCUUCGAAAUUAAGGAUGUAAAAAUUCUCAGAAACGAUCACUUGCCAAGAUGUAUUGGUCGUAUAUGCGGAGAAAAAGGAAAGACAAAGAACGCGAUUGAAAAUGCAACAAGGACUAGAAUAGUAGUGGCUGAUACACGCAUUCACAUUCUUGGAUCUUUUGCCAAUAUUCAAUUCGCCAAAUCAGCAGUAUGAAAUCUGAUCAUGGGAUCUCCUCCAGGAAAAGUCUAUUCCAAGCUGAGAAAUAUUUCUCGUAGAAUCAAUGAAAGGAUGUAGGAACUUUCUGAAAAUAAAAUGCCAAGAUUAUUAAUGUUUCAAC